AUGGCGCCGACGGCUGCAGCCGAAGCAGUCGCAGCCGCAGCAGCACCAGCAGCAACAAAAGCAGCAGCAACUGCAGCGGAAACAUCAGCAGCAGCAGGAGCACCAGCAGCAGCAGCUGCUGCCGCCGAAAAAGCAGCAGGGGGAGCAGGAGCAGGGGGAGCAGCAGCGGGAGCAGCAGCGGGAGCAGCACCGACAGCGGAGACAGCAGCAGCGGCAAAAAUACGAGCAGCGAAUGUAGCAGUAGCUGCGGAUAGCAGCAGCAACAGCAGAAGCAACAGCAGCAGCAACAGCAGCAGCAACAGCAGUAAAAAGCAGUAG